AUGGAAUUGUUACCGCAGGGACAGAGGAACAACACUCAGGUAACGUUUGAAGACCAACAGAAGAUCAACGAGUUCUCGAAGUUGAUCAUGCGUAAGGACGCUAUUGCGCAGGAAUUGACGUUACAGAGGGAAGAGAAGGAGUACCUUGAUGAUGUUUCCCUAGAGAUCGAAUUGAUUGGCGAAGAUGAGCCCGUGCAAUACAAGGUGGGCGACCUCUUCAUAUUCAUGAAGCAGAGCAAAGUUACCGCACAGCUGGAAGAAGACGCAGAACGUCUCGACAACAAAAUACAGACUUUGGAGGACAAACAAAGAGACAUUGAUUCCCGUCUUGAUGCUCUGAAGGCGGCCCUAUAUGCUAAAUUUGGUGAUAAUAUCAACCUUGAACGUUAG